AUGACUGCCGACCAUGUUUACCAGCUCGCAACAGCCAUUUUUGAGCACCUGCGUGUGGACAAGCCAAUCACACAACAGCUGAUACGCUAUGGGAAGAAGGAGGAUACGCCCCUUCCUGAGGCAUCCAAUGAAAUGAUAUCGGAGAGACAGGCCUACGAGCUGGCAUUCAACACACUGAAAUACCAAGAUCUUCUUGAAGAUGUUGUGAUUGACAGCUGCUUCCACACCUCCCAGCAAAUCGCAGAGGACUCAUUGCCGUUGCUCAUGGUGAUGCUGUACGACUUCCAGGACAGAAAGUUCCUGGCCCGGGAGCGGGUGAAAGAGGAAGGGGAGGAGUCUCUGCUGGAAGUGCAGAGGAUGGAGGGCUGUCUGUACAGAUGUAAGACCAAGCUGGCUGCUUCUCUAGCUCGCUGCAGGGUGAAGCAGGAUCUGGUGAGUAUCUCCUGCCUGCUCUCAGACCAGGUCAGAACCAAGCAACAAAGAGCCAGAACCCUGCCUCUGUACGCCUGGGUCAACACACUCCAGAGCAGUGUGGAUGAAGUGUGUGAGGUGCUUCAUAGCUGGUGUGUGUGUGAAGUGGGGGGGGUGAGUAACCUGGAGGGGUGCGUGUACUGCCACGACCCCCUGGGUCUACACAUGCUGGUCUUCCCUGCUCAGCUCAUAACCCUGCUACAGGACUGCCAUCUCACCAAACAACACACACUUAACAUACAGGACAGGAGUGUGUGUCUGGCUGUGUGUGCACUGUGCCCCCUGUUGUCCAAGGACAGUGACGUUCUGGUGGUGGGGUCCUUCUCUGCCCUCACCCUGGCCCACAUAGCUGUCCGAGCUGCCGCCUGCUCAGCCAGGGUGCUGGUGUGUGGAGGAGAGCACAGCCCUACUCAGAGAGAGCAGAUCCAGAGGGUCCUGGCCCAGAUGGACAUAAAGAAUGUCCGUGUUCUGUCAGAGGACUUCCGAGGGCUGGAUCAGUGGGACUCCAGGUUUCAGAGGUUAAAGGUCAUCCUGAUCCUGCCCCAGUGUUCCAGCUCAGCUCUACAUGACCCAGUGGAGACCCUCCUCUCGGAACAUGGAGAUUGCGACCUGCUGCAGGACCUGUCGAAGGGGGAGGGCUCUGUCUCGCAGAACAGAAUACACGCUCUGAUGACACGUCAGACACAAGACCUCACACAUGCUCUCAGCUUUCCUAAGGUGCAGGCAGUGGUCUACUGCACACGCUCAGUUUAUCCUGAAGAGAACGAGCUUCUGGUGAAGAGGGUCUUGGAGAAGGCCGUCACACACCACAAACUACUGCCUUACAAGUUGAGUGGUCCAGUUCUGUCAGAAGGUUCUGGAUCAGAAGUGGGGAGAGACACAACCAGAGAGAGGUUCUUUAAGGUGGAGCCUUCUGAGCACACAAAUGGAUGCUUCAUUGCUCUGCUGGCCAGAGAGGCAGACCCUGUGAAGGUGGAGUCUGUCCAGGAUGUGUUAGCCAGGGCAGCGGCUAAGGGCCUACUGGGUGGAAUUCUCACAGACCAAUCACAUGCUCCGAAGAAGGGAAGACAGAGGAAAACCCUCCCCCAAGUCCCAACCGACCAAUCGCUGGGCGCCUCCAGCCAAGAGCUACCCAGCCUGCCAGAACCAGGGCCACAGAGUGGCCCAGGAAAUAGCAACAAGCCAUCCGCCCUUAUCUAG